AUCACGCGGAUAGCGGGGGUUCACUUUAUGUGGAAAAAAUUUAGCAUAAUAUACGGAAACGGAACGCAAAUGGCCACCCCUCCCCUUCCUCCAAAAACACCAGCUUUAGUCGACGUGUUUUAAAUAUAAAAUUGUGUUUAUUUUGAUUAUAUUUGAUGACCACGAAUACGCAUAUUAAUGUAACAAAUGAAUUUGGUUGUUUGAUUGGAGAUGACGUCCCUUGCCUGGAGCCAUGUUAGGUGAGUCCGCGUUUGCACGGGACUUCAUGCUCAGCUCAGGUGUGUUACCAGCCUGUCACUUCCGGGAGCUCGCCGGCACCGACACAAUGAACCGGACGACGGGGAGGAGAGUCGUCAUAUAGCUGGUGGACCGCUGCGUGCGCAUCGGCCAUACACAGUGGUGGCACAAGAAGAAGUGUUUGCCUACAACAGAAGAGUCUUACUUCCUGUCCAUUCGGUGUGGCUCCCCGCUGUAACUGAGCGCAUUGACGUAAUGUGGAGUCGACAGGGUGGGGGGAGUUGAGGUGGAGGCGGCGGAGGAGGAGGCGGGGGAGGAGGAGGCGGAGGUGGUGUUCGUAGUGGUGGUGUUGGAGGGGGGCGCGCGCUGCAACCCCUCCUUCCCGAACACAAACCGCGGAGACAUCCACCGGCGGAAGCGCGAUGGCCGACACCGACGACCAUCAACCGGAGAACGGCUUCGUGUCCCCCGAGAGCUCGUCGUCGUCACCCGGUCCGCUGACGCGCAUCGACUGUGCCGUCCUCCCGUUUCUUGGUGGCUUUGGGAAGUACCAGAAACAGCUGAUCCUGCUCACAUGGAUCCCUGCGCUCUUCAUCGGAUUCAGCCAGCACUCUGACAAUUUCCUACUCGCCCAGCCCAACAACACAUGCAUCCAGCCUUUGGCGAACACCACUGCUUCCACCACCGCCACUACGACUGCCGCUGGAAACGUGACGUGGGCCCGCUCCUGGACGUCAGGUGGCCCCCAGAACGCGAGCGGGCUGGCUGCUGGCGUCCACAACGACACGGGCGACGACACGCAGUGCCUGUGCAGCGCAUGGACCUUUGAGCUGCACACCGGCCUUGUGCAGAACGUUGUCACGAAGUGGAGUCUGGUGUGUAACUCAGCAUGGAAAGUCCACAUUGCAAAAUUCUCACUCUUGGUCGGCUCCAUCUUUGGAUACCUGGUGUUCGGAAUCCUCGCAGACUGGUUUGGCCGUCACCCAGUGCUGAUCAUAUCUGUGCUGUUUAUGCUGGUGUUCGGCCUCACUGUGGCCUUUUCAGUCAACGUUCCCAUGUUCAGCACGCUGCGAUUCUUCGAAGGUUUUUGCCUGUCUGGCAUCACACUGUCACUCUACGUCCUACGGAUCGAGCUGUGCCUGCCAGGUUGGCGCUUCUCCAUGACCAUGGUGGCCAGUUUCGUCAUGCUGGGCGGCCAGUUGCUGAUGCCAGGUGUGGCUUACCUGUGCCGUGAUUGGCAGGUGCUCCAGGCCGUCAUCAUCUGCCCCCUGCUGCUUAUGCUGUCCUACAUCUGGAUCUUCCCUGAGUCACUGCGUUGGCUGCUGGCCACGCAGCAGUAUUGCCGCUCCAAGUGGAUCAUGGGACACAUCGCUAAGAAGAACUGCGUCAACAUGCAGCAGGACCCGGACAACAUCCUCGCAGAAUUGCAGAGAGCUCUUCAACGCAAGCCCAAAAAGACGUGCAUCGUGAAAAUGGCCCGAACGAGGAACCUGUGGAAGAAUAUUGUUGUGCUCUGCGUCAACUCGCUAACAGGCUACGGGAUCCACCACUGCUUCGCUCGCAGCAUGAUGGACCCGGAGGCCCAGGAAACCACCAUGUUUCACGACUUCUACGCCGACUAUUACACCAUGGCGGGCAUUGCGGUGGCGUCCUGCCUGGCGCUGUGCCCAGCGGUGGGUCUGAUGGGUCGGCGCGGCGGUCUCCUCAUGUUCAUGAUCAUCACCGCCUUGGCAUCGUUACUGCAGCUCGGCCUACCCAAUUUGCUCGGAAAGUACAGCACCCAUCUCAAUAUUGAUAGCUCAGGCACUCUCAAGAAGAAUUUCUCCAUCGCCUUCUCCAUCAUCGGGAUGUUCUCGUCCCAUGCCGUCAGCAACCUGAGCAUCUUCUUCUGUGCUGAGAUCACACCCACCGUUAUCAGGGGCGGCGGCUUGGGCCUGGUCCUGGCGAGCGCCGGCUUUGGCAUGCUGACGGCGCCCAUCAUGGAGCUGCACAACCAGAAGGGCUACUUCCUGCACCACAUCAUCUUCGCCUGCUGCACGCUCAUCUGCAUCAUUUGCAUUCUGCUGCUGCCGGAGACCCGCUACCACCCGCUGCCCGAGACGCUGGCCGAGGGCGAGAGCUACACGCGCCAGCCUCUGCUGCCUCCGCGCAAGCCCGGCGAGCAGCGCCUCCUGCUGGCGCCCUCCGAGAGCGCCCGGGAUUACACCCGCGUGCACGAUACGCCGCUGCAUGAGGCGGCUGCCACCGCCGUCUCCACCAUGGACUCCGCCGCCUCGUCCGCCAUCGACUUGACUGCCCUCGCCAAGGCCGAACUGCCCGAUGACGACGACGACGGAGCGCGCGCGGCACUGACUGAAGAUGACAUCAAACAUGCUAGCGCAGAGCGCCUCCUGAGGUCGUCUACGCCUGUCCACUCGCACCCCCUGUUGUCGGACGAGGACAAGCCUUCAGAGGUUGUCCUUGCCUCUAUCGAGCCCCUCACUCAGGCCGUUGUCCUCCAAAUGGACGACACUCUGCAUCCGUCCCAUACGCAGGAAGCUCUUUCGGACCCGGCCUCUGAGGAGCCCCCGCCGGAAUCCCCCGAGCAUCUGGACGCGGACCUUCCGUCCAAGGAAUCGGGACCGCCGUCGUCAGAGUACAUUGACACCGACCCGCCGUUGCCGGCGCCCUCUCCCUCGAACUCAGCCUCUUUCUGCUCAGACACAGACAUCCACUUGGGAAUAGAGGACGGAUCAACGUCAUCGUCACCUCCGCCGGACCCCCCUUGUGGCCAUGAUCUUUCUCUCCCUCCUUCCCCCACUCCAGACUCUGUUUUGCCCUCGUCAAGCCAUACGCCACCGCCCCGAUCCCCUUCCGCGUCUCCUCCCCUCAGCAUUGCCCCUAUCACAGAACCCGCCGCUGCUGCGGCGACCUCAGUGACUGAUCAUCCUUUACGGGAAUCCCUAGACUCAGACUCCGAUUCCAACCCUUCAGGAGCGUCUCCCCCCUCUCUGCUGGUCUGUACAGUUUCCUCCCCCAUCGACUCUGGCGUGCUGUCAAUCAGCGCCAGCACAGAAAACAACGUCCUCACCGGCGUGACGUCAUCAUCAUGAUGAUGAUGAUGCAGCAAAUAAAUCCCCUCGCAUUUAGAAAAGACCAUCCCAGCCUGGAGUUGGGGUGGUCUUUGAACAUAAUCCCUUUCCUUUUCCUGCACAAGAGACCGCUUUAUGACAGCGCUGUUUUGUUUUGUUUUUUUAAAGGUCAGUUAACUGGAAAAAAGAAAAAAAAUCACCAGCCUUUGAACUGCAUUGAUGGAAUUAAAAAAAAAACGACUUUUCAAGAAUCAAUCAGAAAGAAGCGACAGAACGUGAUGGCAAAUACUGCUGAGAAAUGCACACGACUCAAUGUUCGUCAGACAUGCAGUACUGAACACGUUUUAUGAGGCCACAUUCCCCGAAAGUAGUUUCUUCAGCUUCAGUGAGGCCAGGUGAAAAAUCUGGCAGCAGACCACCGAAAACGCGUCCCAAAAAAAGCCCACUGCCCUCCAUAAUCGCUGGCACGCCUGGUUACGAUGUGUUCUUUAACUUCUCAUAAUUACAUUUUUUUUUUCUCCGCAGAUUUUCAAUGAGUUGGAAUCUGGGGAUGAAGUUGGCCAUGGGGGAGGAGCUUGAUCCUCUCUCUGGUCAACCGCUUAUAUCAUUUUCAGUAUACGAGGAUGCGUCUGCAAAAAAUAAAAAAUAAAAAAAGGAAUUAAUUUGAAGGCUUUCGACACAUCUUAACCAGGAGUGCCAGUAAUAAUGGCCGGCACUGUAUAUGCAGUGAAACCCGCAAAUAGCAAGAACACCCGCAUAAUUGACAUCUCCCUUGAAGUGGUUUACCACCCGUUAAUGGCCCAAAAUGGCGCUGAAGCACUACCCCCCUCGUUGUAGUCAAUGAUGAAUAAUUUUCAGAACAUUUGAGGUUUUUCAUGGUCCUUCCUAUAUCAUCCGUGACAGAAAGUGAAACAGCGGUUUUGGUCAUGACUAAAGCUGUUCAUUUUGGAUUUCUUAUGCACUGUAUGGAAGAAUAAGACUUGUUUUGGGGCCGUGUACCCGAGUUAACAAUCACAAGAAACGGCACAAAAUAACCCCCAACCCCGUAAAAACCAAAAUGAAAAUGUUCAAAUGGUGCCAAAAAUUAGUAUUGCGUGUUUUGGUGGGGCUUGUUUGGUGCAGCCUCCCCCACACCACCCCCACCCCUGCCAUAGACUGAAUGUGGACGGUGGGAAUCAGAUCAAAGGAGGCAAUCGGAAUGUCGUUCAUUGGAAGGAGCUACAUACAAAGGUACGUUGGGUAAAAAUGUUGUCAUUUUGUAUUGAUAUUGUCAAUAAGUGCAUAAUUCCGUGUGCGUGUGUGUAAACCAAAUUGAAAACUAUGAUUGACCUGAUUAAUGUACAAAGCUCUUCAUCCUUGCAAUAUUGGUGACGCCUCACACCGGAAGCAAAAGAGUCGGCAAAGACAAAAAGCGUUUUUUUUUUUUUUUUUAAUUUUUUUUUUUUUUUUAAUGAAUGCUUUGAGUGCGGAGUUUUUUCCCCCUUUUACACCCACGGACAGUUAAACUGCUUUAUGAAAGACUUGACUCUUUCGUCGAUACUUGACAGUCUUGCAGAGACGUUUACAACCAUAAAAAAAGAGAAAACUCCAAAGCCAGACAAAUAUUUUUCUUUCUUUAGUUUUGUUUUGGUUUGUUUUAAAAAUGUGACUCAUUGUCUCGCGUGGAAUUUGCCCAGGGAGGAACAGAAAGUGGCACUCUCGAAAGUUCUCGUGGUGCGUUUUUAUUCAACCAUGCACAACAAAAAAAAAAAAAGAGAAAAAAAAAUCACAGGUACUUUCCAACAACAUUCUUCCUCCAUGUGCACUAAUAACAAGAUUGUGCUUUUUUUCACCCCUCUUUCCUUCCUGUGAAUGAUGUAAUGCAGCUUGGGUCAAAGUACAACAGUGGUCAAACGUUGUUGUUGUUUUUCAAGGUGGCCAUACGUGGCGGAUGAUCAAGUUGUGAAAUAUUAAUGCCAGUGUCUGAUGCUGCUAUACACCUCAAAAGCACAAAUUCCCUGCAAUCAUGUGACGUCACAGUGGCGGAGUAUUAGAGCCGCAUGGAGACGAAAUCAAUAAGGCGCACGCCAACAUUGUGCGAUAGUUUUUACCUGCUACAAAGAAAAAAAAACAUGCUUAAGUUGUGCAAAGGAAAAUGAAUUGUCAUGAGAAAAUAUUCAAUGGUAUCAGGAAAAAAAGUUGACAUUUUCAGGAUUAUUAUUAUUUUAUGUGUGUGUUACCGGAAAAACAAGAUAAUUUUUUUUUUCCGGUGACACAAUGAGAAAGUCAUAAUCUGAAAAUAAUAGAAGUUUACAGAAACGUCAUUUUAGAAAGGAAUAAAGUUAUAUGAUUAAUACCAAUAAUUUAAAAAAACUAUUUUUAUAGAAAUAGUUGUAAUUUCAUCCCAAAAUAAAUGAAUAAUAGGGGAAAUAUGUAAUUAGAUAUUAGAAUUCUAAAAAGACAUUUUCAGACAAAAUAAAAAGUUCUGAGAUGAACGCUUGAGUGGGAGUUUACUCCCUAAUAUUUCAACUUUUUUCAUAUUUAAUGACGUUUUCUCAAAACUGUACCAUUUGUAUUUUUUCGGAAUAAGCCUUUUCCUUUCUUUGAAUAAGAUCUCGAUUAACAUGCACAGCAUCGUAAAGGGAAGAUUUUAAACUCGGCACACUGACAUGCUCAAGAGUUUGAAUAUUCUCCUGAUGACUUUUUUUCAGCUUGCACUUGAAGUUUGUAAAUUUGAAAAUUAUACCUGUAACAUGGACUUUACUCUUAAAAGACAGCUCUCUUUGAAUUCAAACCAAAAUGUGGCUUUAAAAAAAUCAACAGGUAAUUUUUUUCCUGCCUGUUUGACCGACUGAGAUAUUUUUUUAAAUAAAAAUGUAAACAUGUAUACAUUCAUCUUGGAAAAUAACCCCCCAAAUAUUACAAUAUUUGUUCUUGUACAAUAAUGUCGUAUUGUGCAAAAUCACUUUUUUCUCCCCUCAAAAUUUGAAUGUUUUUUCAUCUCAAAUUCUCAUAAAAUUAUCAGGUUUUUUUUUUACGUUCUUGUGGCUCUAAUACUUUGUCCAUUCAAUGGAGCUUUUCCCAAACAGGAAAAAAUAAGAGUAUAAAAGGGAAGGCGGAGCUUUCUUUGAACAAUUGAUGAUGCAGAGCUGAACAGUAGAACGGGGGACAUAUGCUGCAGACAUUUUGCUUCACCUUUGCUUACUUCCGUUUUGGUGUGUGCGUGUGUGUGUGUGUGUGCGCGUGUGUGUGUGUGUGUGUGUGCGCGCGCGCAUAUGUUGCAAACACAGCGGCCAUAUUAAAAUAGUAAACGAGACACCCGUGUCAAAUCUCAUCAAGCUUUUGCACGGUGCAUCUGAAAUAUAACAAGUACAAUGAAACAUCGGUGGAAGCACUGAUCGUUGGAACAGUGAAUGUAAACAUGAAGGAUAAACAUUUAAAAAGUGAUCAAGUGUUCAGGUUCUGCUUCCUUCCUCUCUUGAAGAGAGAUUUGAAUGAAUGUAAAAAAAAAAAAACGGAUUGUACCAUUUCCAGUAUGAUUUCUGAAUGUUCGGUUUGACGUUGAUUCCCAAUUCUUCCACGCAUCUGUAUAUAAGGCAAACGUCUUGUCAGAAUAAACUACUAUUUAUUGA